AGUGAGGCGGGAUGAUAAGCGCGACGCUCGCUGGUGCUUCUAGCGCGGUGUCUCCUCUGGACUGGCGCGCAGUCUUCUCGUCGUCACAGGACAACUGUGAAAUCUGACCGGUCACACAGAAUGUUGGCGUCUAACAUGAGCGACGGCCAUUCCUUGAAACUAUAAAUAAUUUCAAAAAUAAUACCUGAAGGUGAAAGAUCUCUAUGCAAGAAGAAAUAAUGUUGCCGACUAAGAAGAAAAACCAAUACACUCCAAAUAUUGAAAAAAAAGUUCACGCGUCUCCAACUCAGCAACACUAUUUAGUGUGAGGAGUUUGGACUGGAACGUAUCAAGCAAUACAAGAUAUGUCGGUUGCGGUCCCCAGUGAAGAAUUCCAUAAUGGCCACAAGAUGCCCGUUAUUGGACUGGGAACAUUCAUGGCGUCCAGCGAGGUGGUGGGAGCGGCGGUGGACUCCGCCCUGGAGGCCGGCUACAGACACAUCGACACCGCCUACGUGUACCGCAACGAGGCGGCCAUCGGCCAGGCGCUGAACAAGUGGCUGGACUCGGGCAGGCUCAAGAGGGAGGAGCUGUUCGUCGUCACCAAGCUUCCGGGCACUGGCAACCGUGCUGAGAGUGUGGAAGGGUACUUGAAGAAGUCUCUGGAGGCACUCCAGCUGAGCUACGUGGAUCUGUACUUGAUCCACAGUGCCGUUGGUAAGAUUGGGAAGGACGAUGCCCCACCUAGCGAGCAGACUCUCGACAUGAACACAGACCACAUCAGCCUCUGGAAGGCGAUGGAGGCGCAGGUGGACGCAGGCAGGGCCCGCUCCAUCGGCCUGUCCAACUUCAACGCGCGCCAGAUCAAGCGCAUCGUGCGGGCGGCCAGGAUCCCGCCGGCCAACCUGCAGGUGGAACUGCAUGUGUACUUCCAGCAGAGGGAGCUGGUGGCCUUCUGCAAGGCCCUGGACGUCACCGUGUGCGCCUACGCCCCUCUGGGGUCGCCCGGCUUCCAGGAGCGACACACAAUCAGGGAUCGGGAUCGGGAGGCGGCGCUGAGUCCACUGACGGACCCGGUGGUGGUCGAAGUGGCCCGGAGACACGGCAGGACCCCGGCGCAGGUCCUGCUGAGGCACGUCCUGCAGAGGGGCGUGGUCGCCAUCCCCAAGAGUACCAACCCCGGCCGCAUCAGGGAGAACUUCCAGGUGUUCGACUUCGAGUUGGACGACGAGGACGUAGAGAAGCUAGACGCUCUCGACAGAGGCUCCAAGGCCCGAAUGUUCGGCGGUAAAAUGCUGAAAGGGAACGCGAUUCAUCCAGAGUUCCCGUUCCACGACCCGUACUGAUGCGAGUCUCAAGACUGACUUUUGUAUGAAUGUAUUUGAAGUAAACAGUGCAUACUUUACUUCACUGAAAUAAAAUAUUAUAAGUAGGUUUGACCAAACACGUGUUUAGUUUGGUAAAAACUGUGUACUAUGUAUAACAAUGUGUUUUUUUUUUCUAUUUUUCUUCAACAAUUAUUUUUUUUAUUCUUUCACUUUUUUCUGGACUGUUUCGUUGUUCUAUGAAAAUAAAAGUUUAUGUCAUAA